AUUUUCAGCGUCAUUGCUACAUCUCGCGAGAAUCUUUUGAAUUGAAUAUAGUUCUGUCGCUGGGCGGAAAACACAAGGCUGCUGCGGGAUAAUGCGUUCGCAAUUAUAACAUUUCUCUGGAGAACUGAAAUUCAGGUAUUCACCAUGAAUGCGAUCCGUCAAACCCAGCAACUGAACAAGCGCGAACUUGAAAAUGCGACACCACCCUCUGCCUCAUGGCACGCCGACUACCGGGACACGGCAUAUAUCUACGUUGGCGGUUUGAAUCCAGACUUGACCGAAGGUGACGUAGUCACCAUAUUCUCACAAUUCGGCAACCCCACGCAUCUGAACCUGAUCCGUGACAAAGAGACGGGCAAGAGCAAAGGAUUCGCUUUUCUCAAGUACGAAGAUCAGCGCAGUUGUGAUCUGGCGGUGGACAACUUGACUGGCGCCGACGUUGUAGGGAGGCUGCUGAGAGUCGACCAUACAAGAUACAAGAAGAAAGAUGACGAAGAUGAAGACACGCAUCGCAUUGACCGAUUGGAGCAGCAAGCCGAACUGGAAUUGAAUGGCAAUGGAAAGAGGGGCAGUGAUGACACAGAAGAUGAAGAUGAGGAGUCAAGGCACAAGAGAAAGAGGAGGCGGCCGAUGUUGAAGGAAGAGCAAGAGUUGGAGGAAAUGCUCGCCAUCAAGCAGGAUGGGGAAGUUGAUGAUCCUAUGCGCGAAUACUUGAUCAACGAGAAACGGGAAGAAGUCGAACGUGCGAAACAGAGGCAGGAAGAAAAGGAAAGGCGGUCGAAGGACAAACACAGACACCGGCGGAGGGAGGGCCAUGACGAUGAUGGUGAACGGCAUCCUCUUAAGGGAAGGGACGAUCAGGACGAGGACCAGGAAGCAAAGAGACACAGGCACCGACGAAGAGAUGAGGAAGACGACAGGAAAGACGAAAGACCUCGUCGACAUCGUCGUGAAGAUGAGGACGAAAACGACGAGAAAUCACACAGGCACCGAGACAGAGAAGGAGAUCGAGAUCGCCAUGAUCGUGACCGGCGACGACCUACGGAGGACGACAGCACCAGCAUGGAAACGGGGACUCGCAUCGUCACAGAAGUCGGCGAGAAGGUAGCAGAGACAGGAGGUCGUCAUGAAAUCGAAAAGAUCAUUGAGACGCUCUGA